AUGGUGCAAGGUAUAAUAGGAAGUGAGCUUGCAAAGCUUAUCAAGAGCGCUAAAGUCCCAGACAAAGACUACCUUAUCGUAGACGUCAGAGACGAAGACUGGAAGGGAGGAAAUAUCAAAGGCUCCCGAAAUCACCCAUCUCAAAGAUUCCUGUUGGAGCUUGAUGACAUUAUCGAGCAGACCAAGGAUGUACCGGUAAUGAUCUUCCAUUGUGCACUGAGUCAGGAGCGUGGGCCAAAGGCAGCCAGAAUUUACGAAGAAACCCGCAACACCUUGCAUGACACGAAUCAUACUGUGUAUGUGCUUCAAGGGGGCUUCGUCCAAUUCGGGCAGUCGUACAAGAACCCGUCACCAAUCAGAUAUUUCAAGGACGAUCCAGAAUUAGUGGAAAACUGGAGAGAGAUCAUUUGGUAG